CAGUGCGCUCGCUCUCUUCAAGCCACACUUCUUUCGGACUUUUGGACUGUACGCGUGUUACUUGUCUCGUGACAGCAAUCAUGGACGUCCACGGAGUAUCUCACAACGAUCGUACGGAUUAUAACGACCUCGAUCAUAAACAUGAGAAAAUCUUGCCCUGCCAAGACGAUCGCUUGGACAGCGGGCUGGAAUCGUUAAAGGAGGACGAGCUGGUGAACGACUUGGAGAACUUAGGCGUGAGCGAAGAGCUCGUUCACGACUAUGAGCCUUGGAGAGGAAUUGUGACCGAGGACGGAGACACGCUUCUCCACUUGGCCAUCAUUCACGAAGCCUCUGAUCGAGCCCAACAGAUGAUCAAAUUGUCCCACAAUCACCCCUUCCUGAAUGCACAAAACCACCAAAGACAGACGGCGUUGCAUCUAGCGGUGAUCACAGAACAACCCCAGUUGGUGGAGAAGCUCCUAAAAGCGGGAUGUGACCCGAGAUUGGCGGAUGAUUGCGGCAACACGGCGUUGCACAUAGCCUGCAAGAGAGGCUCCCUCGCCUGCUUCGGUGUCAUCACCCAGACGAGCCAGCGCCACACCGGUUCCAUCAUCUCCUUCCCUAACUAUGAUGGACAAAACUGUCUUCACAUCGCGUCGAUUCACGGCUAUAUUUCAUUAGUGGAGAAUCUCGUUGGGUUGGGCGCAGAUAUAAAUGCACAGGAACAAUGCAGUGGGAGGACAGCACUCCAUCUCGCUGUGGAUGUCCAGAACCCAGCACUGGUCCGUCGCCUCCUUGACCUGGGCGCCGAUGUGAAUUGCCUGAAUUACGGCGGUUUCACACCGUACCACCUAACCUACGGGAGGCAGAAUGACGACAUACGCCGUCAACUGCAUGAGAAGACGGCGCAGGAGCUGAGGGCCUUGCCCGACAGCGAAUCAGAUGAAAGCGAUAUGGAAGAAAUGGACAUGACUGAGGAGGAGCUUUAUGAUGACAUCAGAUUGGGAAGUAACAUCUAAUGAAUUCCCGCCACUGGUGGUGUCAAAAGAGCUGCUGCCGGGUCAUCGAAGCACGGCCCGAAGAAAGGACGUCAGUGCUGGCCCCGGGAUCACAAGAAGGAAGACAGUAUCCGCUCUGGUCCAGUUCGAUCCAGAAAACAGAACUCGACGCCAAGAACACACAGCGAGAUAGAUGUCCGUGUGCCCCCCCUCCCCCCCUGCAAUACUGUAUGAGGACACAAUGAUGUGAAUAUACCAGACUGGUCAUUUGUAGUAAAUUGUAAAUACAGAGAUAUUAUUUUUGUACUUGUAAAUAUGUUCUGAAAUGAAACACUCAUUGAAAUAAUAUGGGAAAUAAAAAGAACCUUAUGAAGAAAUGAA